UACAAGAGGUUCAAGAAACUUGCUAGAAUGUGCAAUCUGGAGGAGUCAAUUGAGUUACACCAUGCAGCAUUGGAACUACGUCCGUCUGGACAUCCUGACCGGGCUUCAUCUCUCCAUUGGCUUGCUAUCUGUAUUUUAGAUAGGUAUGGCUGCCAGGGAGCAAUUGCUGACUUGGAAGAAGAGUCGAUUGAGUUGUACCGUGCAGCGUUGGAACUAUGUCUAUCUGGACAUCCUUACCGGGAUUUAUCUUUCCGUUCGCUUGCUCACUGUCUUUUGGAUAGGUAUGACAAUCAGGGGGCAGUCGCUGACUUGGAAGAAGCUGUCAUGCUCGGACGUGCAGAACUAGAGCUCCAUCCACCAGGGGAUCCCUUGCGUUCCACAUCUCUCUACAAUGUCGCUUACAGCCUCUACAAAAGGUUCAAGAAAUCCGCUGAAAUGUGCGAUCUGGAAGAGUCGAUCGAGUUGUACCGUGCGGCGUUGGAACUAUGUCCAUCUGGACAUCCUUACCGGGAUUUAUCUUUCCGUUCGCUUGCUCACUGUCUUUUGGAUAGGUAUGACAAUCAGGGGGCAGUCGCUGACUUGGAAGAAGCUGUCAUGCUCGGACGUGCAGAACUAGAGCUCCAUCCACCAGGGGAUCCCUUGCGUUCCACAUCUCUCUACAAUGUCGCUUACAGCCUCUACAAAAGGUUCAAGAAAUCCGCUGGAAUGUACGAUCUGGAAGAGUCGAUCGAGUUACAUCGUGCAGCGUUGGAACUAGGUCCAUCUGGACAUCCCCUCCGGGCUUCGUCUCUUGGUUGCCUCGCUCGCUGUCUUUCGGACAGGUAUGAUAGUCAAGGGGUAGUUCCUGACUUAGACGAAGCCAUCACGCUGGCGCACGCAGCAUUAGAGCUCUGUCCACCGGGUCAUCUUUAUCAUGGUAUAUCUCUCAGCAAUCUUGCCUUCUACCUCCAGAAGAGACCUCAGAAUCCCACUGCAAGGUGCUACCGGGAAGACCCAAUCAAGCUGCGCCGCGCCGUACUGGAUCUGCCUCCCCCGGAACAUCCUGAUCGGCCUUCAUCCCUGCAUUCUCUUGCUCUCUGUCUCUCGAAUAGGUAUGACAGUCUGGGAAUAGUCUCCGACUUGGAAGAAGCUGUCGCAUUUGCACGUGCAGCAACAAAGCUCCGUCCGCUAGGUCAUCCCGAUCGUGGCACAUCUCUCCACAGCCUAGCUAUCUACCUUCGGAAGAGGUUCCAGAAACACGCUGCAAUGUGCGACCUGGAGGAGGCAAUUGAACUGCACCGUGCAGUGUUGGAACUACGUCCCUCUGGUCACCCUGAUCGGGCUUCGUCGUUACAUUCGCUUGUUCUUUGUCUUCUUGACAGGUAUGACGAUCAGCGGAUUGUCGCCGACUUGGAAGAAGCUGUCACACUG